UUGUGUCCUUUCAUACUUUAUAUUUCCCUAAUAAGUGAAAACAAAUCAAAGAAAGCAACUGAAUUCUUCUUCAAACAUUCCAAGAUGUUCUUUCUUCGACCUGCUGCUUUCGCUUCAAUAUUCAUUGUCUGUUGCCUGACAACGAUAGCAUCUGGAGCUACACUUCCACAUGAUGAAGAGGAAGCUUUGAAAAGCAUAGCGAAAACGUUAGGGAAGACGAACUGGAACUUUGAAGUUGAUCCAUGCAGUAGACACAGCAGUUGGGUUGAGGUAGAAGAUUUGAAAGACUACGAUAAUAAUGUCACCUGUGAUUGCUCCUUCUCCAAUAACACUACCUGCCAUGUCGUUAACAUACGGCUCAAGGCACAAAAUCUGUCAGGUACUCUUCCACCAGAACUGGUCAGGCUCCCAUUUCUCCAAGAAAUUGACCUUAGUCGCAACUACCUUAAUGGCACGAUUCCUCCAAAAUGGGGUUCUAUGCAACUUGUAAACAUUUCCCUUCUUGGAAAUCGUUUAACAGGUCCAAUCCCAAAAGAGCUGGCAAACAUAAGCACUCUUACCAUCUUAGUCGUUGAGGAAAAUCAACUCUCGGGAACUUUGCCUGCUGAGCUUGGGCAUCUACCCAGCAUUGAGAAAAUGCAACUUGGUUCCAACAAUUUUAGUGGAGAAUUGCCUACAACAUUUGCUAGGCUGACUACAAUGAAGGACUUUCGAAUUGCUGACAGCAACUUCACAGGAAAGAUUCCCGACUUCAUAUUCAAGAAUUGGACAAAACUUGAAAAACUAUUUAUUCAGGCAAGUGGUUUGAGUGGGCCAAUUCCAGACAUUGCUUUGCAAAAUUUAACUGACUUGAGAAUUAGUGACUUGAAUGGAGGUGAAGCAACUUUUCCACAGCUUGAUCUGCCUAAAUUGACGAGACUGAUAUUGAGGAGUUGCAAUCUCAUCGGACAGCUACCUGAUUCUAUUGGGGCAUUGACGAAAGUAAAGAUCUUAGAUCUCAGCUUUAACAGACUCAGUGGAGAUAUUCCGCCUGCUCUUUCUGCUCUUACAGAUUUGGAUAACUUGUUUUUAAAUGGAAACAUGUUUACUGGACCAGUCCCUCCAUGGAUUUUGGAAACAAAACAAGAAAUGGAUCUUUCAUAUAACAACUUCUCACUUACAGUACCAGAUUGUCAACAAAAAGGAGUGAACUUGUUUGCAAGCACUCCAAGGAUCACUAACUCAGGAAUUGUUCCAUGUUUGCGAAGCUUUAAGUGUCCAGCAGAACCUUUGCACUCGCUUUAUAUAAACUGUGGAGGGAGAAAAGUACCUGUUCAUGGUAUCACCUAUGAAGAUGAUUCUAAUAGAGCUGGUCCUUCAACAUUUGUCCUAAGUUCAAAUUCUUGGGCAUUUAGCACCACCGGUGUUUUCUUGGAUGAUGCUGGUGAUCGUGACAACUUAAUUUUGAGCAAUGCACAAGUUUCUAUGAGUGAUCUUGAACUGUACACAACUGCACGGCUUUCACCUGGCUCUUUGACUUACUACGCAUUCUGUCUGAAAAAUCAUAGCACAUACAACGUAAGCCUCCAUUUUGCGGAGAUACAGUUCACUGAUGGCAAAACAUUCAGCAGCUUAGGGAGACGGGUAUUUGAUGUUUACAUUCAGGGAAAGCGGGAGCUGAAGGAUUUCAAUAUUAAGGAUGAAGCAGGGGGAGUUGGCAAACCAAUUCUAAAAAAUUUUACCGUAAAUGUGACUGAUGGUACUUUGGAGAUCCGUUUGCAUUGGGCUGGAAAAGGUUCAACUUCCGUUCCUACGAGAGGGGCUUACGGUCCUCUUAUCUCAGCAAUAUCUAUUGUUGAUCCUGCUUAUAAACCUUCACCAGAAAAUGGGGGUGGUAUCUCUGCCGGCAUCGUGGUUGGAAGUGUGGCUGGUGCAGCAUUCGCUGUCUUCCUGAUUGGGGGUAUCCUUUGGUGGUACGGAUUUUUAAGACCAAAGAGUACACUCGAACGAGAUCUAAAAGGUCUAGAGUUGCAGACCAAUUCCUUUACCUUGAGGCAAAUUAAAGCUGCCACAAACAACUUUGAUGCUGCUAAUAAGAUUGGCGAAGGUGGUUUCGGUCCUGUUUACAAGGGCAUUCUGGCAGAUGGCACGGUAAUUGCUGUUAAGCAGCUAUCUGCUAAAUCAAGGCAAGGAAACCGUGAGUUUGUGACUGAGAUUGGCAUGAUUUCAGCUCUACAACAUCCUCAUCUGGUAAAGCUGUAUGGAUGUUGCAUCGAAGGAGAUCAAUUGCUGCUUAUAUAUGAGUACCUGGAAAACAACAGCCUUGCUCGUGCAUUGUUUGGCCCGAAAGAAUUCCAGUUGAAAUUAGACUGGCCAACAAGACGGAGGAUCUGCAUUGGCAUUGCAAGAGGUUUAGCCCAUCUCCAUGAAGAGUCAAGGUUGAAGAUUGUACAUAGAGAUAUUAAGGCCACAAAUGUGUUGCUUGAUAAGAAUCUGAACCCAAAAAUAUCUGACUUCGGUUUGGCCAAACUUGAUGAAGAGGAUAAUACCCACAUUAGCACCCGAAUUGCUGGAACUUAUGGCUAUAUGGCUCCUGAAUAUGCAAUGCAUGGUCAUUUAACUGACAAAGCAGAUGUAUAUAGCUUUGGGAUCGUGGCUCUUGAAAUUGUUAGUGGCAGGUGCAACACUCAAAAUCGGUCAAAGCAAGAAUCUUUCUACCUCCUUGAUUGGGCUCAUGUUUUGAAGGAGAAAGGGAGCUUGUUGGAUUUAGUUGAUCCAAGGAUAGGCUCUGAUCGCAACAUAGAAGAGGUGAUGGUAAUGAUUGAUGUGGCUUUCCUAUGCACUAAUCCCACUGCUGCAGCUAGGCCUUCCAUGUCUUCUGUGGUGAGCAUGCUUGAAGGCAAUACUGUUGUUCAGGAGUUGAUUACGGAUUCAAGUAUUUCUACGAAAAGGUUAAAUGCAGAGGCAGUGAACAUGUUGUAUCAGCAAAUGAACGAAAAUGAUGAAGAAAACAGUCAGACAAAAAGUAUGUUCGGAGAUGGGCCAUGGACUACUUCUUCAUCUGUUGUUGAUCUCUAUCCAGUCAGUUUGACUUCUGAUUAUUGGAAGAAUAGAGAUUCGACAAAUUAAGAAAAUUGUGAUGAUUUGCUGCCAGAAUACGUUAACUAGGAAUGGUACAACAAAUAUUUUUCUUGUGUGAUGUCAUUACUUUGAAGGUGCAUUUCCAAACAUUAAUUAGUGUGGUGUGAUAAUUGCAUAUGUCAAGAGAUCAAAAACAUUUUGUUCUUUGUUGAAGCUGUACUUUUAUUUUCCAGACAAUAAUCCAAAACUAUUAAUCCUUGUCAA